AUGCCCACUGUAACUCAUGUUUCGUCUUCGGAGGCACCUCCGCGCGAGUUUUCUAGCGGAGCAGUCGGGAAUUACAGCCCGGUCACAUUCUACCUGCGGGCGGGUCAGCGUUGCCCGGAUGCGAGGCACACAGCGUGGUCCGCACCCGGCCGGACCCGCCUCUACAGGGCUGGCACCCCGGACCCGACGGCGCAGUGGAGCGUCGGCCCCGCUAAGAUGGAGUGCGGCGUCCGAAGAGAACUGUUGCAGAGGAGCUUUUCAGGCUGUUUUUCCGAGCUUUGGGCGAAUGGCGCUGGCAGCGGGCGUCUUGGGCGUGCCGAACUUUUCAGACAUGGCCAGCUCGAAUACAACUGCGGCUUCAUGGGCCACCAUACUCAACGCAUGGCCUUUUGCAUCGCCACAUUGCACCUGGCAUACACCAUGACGACGCCUUUUCGCACCGCGCUCAGCAACAAAAAUCAUGAACAACGUGGCUUUGGGGAGCGCCGCCACGUGCUUGAUCCUGAUGGAGACGUGCUGCUCGUCCUGCCUAGCAAAUCCGAACAAGGCGAUUGCCCCCUAAGAUGA